CAAAGGAAUAAAUAAUAAUGAGCCUCUCGGGAACUUUGUUCAUACCUCUAUAAAAAAUAUUAAAUUAAUGCUUAACAUCAAGGCGAGGCAUUAAUAAUAUUCAUUUUCUACGAACAAGACACCAAGUACAAUAACAGAAGAGGUUUUUAGUCGUUCUUAACCAUGUUCGACAAGCGAGGGACCGACAUUAUUUCACUGGUUCUAUUUAUUUUGAUGUUAUCGACGACUUUUCGAUCUCUUGAUUGUACGACCACUUCUUCGGCMGCUGAGGAAUCCCUACGCUCUCAAGUUAAGGACACGGAGCAUUUAGCUGAACAUUUACAAGAGCAUUUUGGUAUGGAUGAAGCAGCUGCAAAGAAGUAUUUAAAGGACAACGAUGAAAAUGCUCAGUACUUCCUAACACAUGAUAAUAAUAACGACAGUAAGCUGGACGGCCUAGAGAUAUUACAAGCACUUUCCCAUCACGGCAUAGGCGAAGAGAAUGCAAACAAAACACAAGAAGAAUCCGACAAAGCACUAGUGGAUUUUGUGGACAUGAUUCUGACGGAUCAAGAUGUUAAUAAGGAUGGUUAUAUCACGUACCCUGAGUUUGUGUCCUAUAUGAACAAGUAUACCAAUGCACAUGGUGGCCAACAGGAUGAUCAACAAAACAAGACAUAACGAUAUAUAGAAUAUAUAUAUACACCGACCAGCCCUUUUAAAAUGACCACGUCUUAAUGAGAAUGAAACGAUAGCAUAACACUUUGUCUGAUAUUUAUACAGAAUAACCAUAUUGAUACUGUAAGACCGACCAGCAAUUCUAAAAUGACCACCUCUUACUGAGAAUGAAACGAUAGCAUAACACUUUGUCUGAUAUUUAUACAGAGUGGCCAUAUUGACACUGUAACACCGACCUGCCCCCUCUAAAAUGACAAAUCUUACGGACAACAAAGUGACAACCAAAACAAAAACAUGACAAUGACAUUCAUACAGAGUAACAACAAGAGCACACCCUUUGCAAAAAAAAGAUAAUAUUCUUAACAAGACAUAAACUGAUAUCUAUAGACAGCAACCUACUGAUCCUGAGCCAGUCUCUCUUACUGGCCAAGUUUUGCACACAACAAGAUGAUAGCACAAACAAGUCAUAACACCAUUACUUACAGAGAAACGUUUUUAUACUUAGAUGAUAUAAUUAGCUCUCACAAAGAAAGUGUGUCUGGAUAGUAAAACAUGUCAUCGCAAUUUAUAAGAUGUUGUUUUAUUGAAAAUGGACAAAAGACUUGACUGAAAGGUGGAUUACGUGACAGGAUCAGCAAUUCGUCUGUAAACACCAACUAGUUUAAUACCGGUAUUUCGGGUUACUUUUUUGCCUUCUUCUGUGCUAUCAUAGAGCUUGGAAACCACGAUAUCUUUCUCCUUCAAAAAUAAAUUACAAUCAUUACUUGUCUAAGUUAA